GUCACUCAGCGGCCCCACCAAACCCCAAACUCCGACUAUCUUUCUAAAAUGGUUAACAUCGUUCUUCUUACUUAUUCUCUUCCUCUUCUCCGGAAUCAUCUUUAUCCCGAUGCCAACUCUUAUCUCGAUCGCGGGGUGGAGGGAGUGGUGGCGCCUGUCAGGGCCCAGGCUGUCCAGCCUGCCAUUGGCUCUUCUCCUCCCACCAUCAUUCUCAGGGCGACAUGAGAUGCAUACGGAACAUUGCACGUUACCGUCUGCGCGCUCCAUGCUGCGUCAUAGCAGUUCAUCGCCCCAAGCCCUACGAGACGAAUAUGGUUUAUUUCAACUGACUUCCCUUCUACAUUUAGCCGUGCUCAACAGCCUGAGAACCCGGCCACCGCCGCCCUCCGAUUCCCUCGUUCACCCUCGCCGCUUGUUCGCACCAAAGAUGCCGCCUCUCUGGUCUACGACGGUCCGCCCGGCCGAACUAAGCCCCUCGCCGGUCGUGGGGACGUGUUCUGAGGAAAGAAGUAUGCCUAGGCGAGAUCUUUUCAAGGCUCCAACCCGAGGAAACCGCCCUAAACAAACGCUUGUGGGGCGGGCGCUGUUGCGUUGCGGCUCAGCAGAGCCUCCGUCACACGCGCAUGGUGCCCGAUUACGCCGGUUCUGUCUCGAAAGCGACUGGUUUUGUGUACGCUGGGAUUACAGCCUGGCGGGAAUAAUUAACCAAUGCGGAAAUGCAGAAGUGUACUAUUUUUCGACGGCCACCUUCCAGGAACUUCCAGCCCUGGUCCGGAGUGUGCGUCCAGGCUUAUGCAUGGAACUUGCUCACACGUGCUGUCGCUGUCCGACCUUACAUUCCCCAGAUCACAGACCACGACCAACACAUUAGUCUUGAUCAAGCAAACCCACAAAGGCCCGCAUGUCUCCUAUUUGUUUAUAUCACUGCGGGCACCAGCGCCUCAGAUUCAACGUGGCACAGCCCAGACGCUCUCGGACCUCCC